AUGACCUCGUUCCGGAACGCAGCCUCCCCCGUACCCCCAGCCUCCCUUACCCCAGCACACAAACCCUCAGCGAAGCCAGCCCGAGAGUUACCCGCCAAGGCCCAGGCGCGACAGCCGCAGAGGCGAGCCGGGCUCGGCGGCCGGGGGCCCUGCGCGCUCCGCCCGCCCGCGCCGCUCGCUCCAGCCCACUGCCUUCUCUCGGGCGGCGCUUGCCGCAUCGGGUCCCCAAAGCUGGUGGUUGGCGGAAACCGGAGGAAGGUGGCGCAGGCACGCUCUCUCUCGAUCUCUCUCUCCCUCUCGCUCCGGCCAGGGGGAGCGGAGGAGGGCGCAUUGGCUCCGGGAGUCCCACACGCCAGGCAGCCCGUGCGCGUCCGCGCCGGGCCGGACCGGGGUCACGAUUCCCAGCGGCUGCGCGGAGCCCCCCAGGAAGCUCCUUCUUACUCCACCGCUGGCGCCACCACCGCGGUAGCCGAGGCCGCCCCCCAGAGAGGUGCAAUGCCGAGAGAAGAUCUGCGGGGCUCACCAUCCCCCCGCGAGGCGGCGAGGCACAGCCCCUACCUUUCCCUCGGGGCGGACACCAGCCGUGCGCCCUCGCUGGGCGUCAGGGACAGGAAAAUCACUGCGGAGGCUGGGCUGCAGGAAGGUGGCUUCAGGACAAGGGAAUUGUCACAUUACCAUAAGGUAAUUUGUAAGAGGGCUGCUCCAUCAGGCUGUGAAACAUCAAGAGGAUACAAAGUCAGCAUUGAAGGCUCCACCAGGGAUGGUGGCCCAGGCAUACCCAGACAUUUAUCUGUCUACUCUGCCAUUAUAGCUGAAGAUAAACAGAAGAUAGUAGAAGGAAGGCAAACAGGAAUCAUUGGGUACACUCAAAUGUGAAGCUCACAUGUCGAUAGGUUAUAUUAUUAGAUGCAGCAAUCCCCAUUUUCCCCAUUAUCUCCAUCUUCCAUUGAGGAAUCAAAGAUUCAGAGAAUUUAUAUAAUUCCAAAAUUUGAAGCUAAUAUGCCUC